GGCGGAGGCCUGAGCAGUCUGAGCAGUGAUGGCGGCGGCUGUGGUGACGGCGGCGGCGGCGGCCCCGGCGCCGGCAGCCGGAGCGGAUGGCGCCUCCUCAGUGCACUGGUUCCGCAAAGGGCUGCGGCUCCACGACAACCCCGCGCUGCUGGCGGCCGUGCGCGGGGCGCGCUGCGUACGCUGCGUUUACAUCCUGGACCCUUGGUUCGCGGCCUCCUCCUCAGUGGGGAUCAAUCGUUGGAGGUUCCUACUUCAGUCUCUGGAAGAUUUGGAUACAAGUUUGAGGAAACUGAACUCUCGCCUGUUUGUAGUCCGGGGACAGCCCGCUGACGUGUUCCCAAGGCUAUUCAAGGAAUGGGGGGUGACCCGCUUGACCUUUGAAUAUGACUCUGAACCUUUUGGGAAAGAACGUGACGCAGCCAUCAUGAAGAUGGCCAAGGAGGCCGGUGUGGAGGUGGUGACUGAGAACUCUCACACUCUCUAUGACCUGGACAGGAUUAUCGACCUGAACGGGCAGAAGCCACCCCUUACCUACAAGCGCUUUCAGGCCAUCAUCAGCCGCAUGGAGCUGCCCAAGAAGCCCGUGGGCUCCGUAACGAGCCAGCAGAUGGAGAGCUGCAGGGCCGAGAUCCAGGAGAACCAUGAUGAAGCCUAUGGCGUGCCCUCCCUGGAGGAGCUGGGGUUCCCUACUGAAGGACUUGGCCCGGCUGUUUGGCAAGGAGGAGAGACAGAAGCUCUGGCCCGCCUGGAUAAGCAUUUGGAACGGAAGGCUUGGGUCGCCAACUAUGAGAGGCCCCGAAUGAAUGCCAACUCCCUGCUGGCCAGCCCCACGGGCCUCAGCCCCUACCUGCGCUUUGGCUGCCUCUCGUGCCGCCUCUUCUACUACCGCCUGUGGGACCUGUACAAAAAGGUGAAGCGGAACAGCACGCCCCCCCUCUCCCUGUUUGGGCAACUCCUGUGGCGAGAGUUCUUCUACACGGCAGCCACCAACAACCCCAGGUUUGACCGCAUGGAGGGGAACCCCAUCUGCAUCCAGAUCCCCUGGGACCGCAACCCUGAGGCCCUGGCCAAGUGGGCCGAGGGCAAGACAGGCUUCCCUUGGAUUGAUGCCAUCAUGACCCAGCUGAGGCAGGAGGGCUGGAUCCACCAUCUGGCCCGGCACGCUGUGGCCUGCUUCCUCACCCGCGGAGACCUCUGGGUCAGCUGGGAGAGCGGGGUCCGGGUAUUUGAUGAGCUGCUCCUGGAUGCAGAUUUCAGCGUGAACGCGGGCAGCUGGAUGUGGCUGUCCUGCAGUGCUUUCUUCCAACAGUUCUUUCACUGCUACUGCCCUGUAGGCUUUGGCCGCCGCACAGACCCCAGUGGAGACUACAUCAGGCGAUACCUGCCCAUAUUGAAAGGAUUCCCCUCUCGAUACAUCUAUGAGCCCUGGAAUGCCCCAGAGUCCAUUCAGAAGGCAGCCAAAUGCAUCAUUGGUGUGGACUAUCCCCGGCCCAUUGUCAACCAUGCUGAGACCAGCCGACUCAACAUUGAGCGAAUGAAGCAGAUUUAUCAGCAGCUCUCCCGCUACCGGGGACUCUGUCUGCUGGCUUCUGUCCCUUCCUGUGUGGAAGACCUCAGCAACCCGGUGGCAGAGCCCAGCUCGAGCCAGACUGGGAAUGUGAGCAGUGCAGGCCCAAGAGCGCUACCGAGUGGCCCAGCAUCCCCGAAACGCAAGCUGGAAGCAGCCGAGGAGCCACCGGGCGAAGAACUCAGCAAACGGGCGAGGGUGGCAGGGUUGCCCGCCCCAGAGCUGCCGAGCAGGGACGUCUGAGGUGAGGCAAAUGCCACAAAAAGAAAGCAGAGACCUGGAGAGGAAGCUGUAGGAGAAAUGGCCCCAUGGCAGGAUCUGAGGAUGCUCCUGGACCUUCUGCCCUCGUGGACGGGCUGUGUUCCGUAGGCAGGCCAGUGGAGGGCAGCACUAACCUUCAGAAGACAAGCAGAGGGCUGGGCACUGCUGGCCAGGCCCAGCCCUGCCUGAGGACCAGUAGAGUCUGGCUGCCCAUGGUCUCUGCCUCUUGAAGCCACUCCUCUGUUCUCACCUUCCUCCUGGCCUUGGCUCUGCACUUCCCUGUCAGCACUCAGCUUUCUUGGAAGCCCCCUGAAUGUCAUUUACAAAAUAAAAAUUGGCUCCCUCCCCAGAGCAGGAAAGGACUUUUAUGCCUUUCUUGGGGAAAUAUAAAUUACUCUUCUCUUUGAGUCAUCAUCCCAGGCUGUUCUUUAUGUGCCAUGUCUGCGUCAUUAGAUUGGAGAGGAUGCUUUUUCUCUAUGGAGCCCAUGGAUUCUUUUUUCCACACCCUUCCAUUUCAGGGCCAGGUGAGGCCAUCUGAUUCGAGCGGCUAAGCUUGAGUGCUGGGUGAGACAACGAUUGUUUGAUGCUUGUGCCCUUUACCCUAUGAGGCUCUUGGUCAUAGACGUCACUGAUAGAUUUGUGCUGACUUGUUCCAGAAGCACUGGCAGGCUUAGAUACUACUCUCUUAGUUAUCCCUUAGCUCUUUGAUACUAAGCAAAGUUCAUUCUGCCUUACAAAUCUGGACCUUGCCAGGCUGUCACUCCCGACUUUGAGGUGAGAAGAUCAAAGAAUAGAGAGGUUAAAUGUCUGGAUCAAGGUUGCUCAGUAAGCUAAUGGCAUCCAAUUCAGCAUGAAAUUAUUGCCAGGAGCUAUGUGAGGUAGGGGAGUAUAUGCAUAUAAGAUAUGUGAUGAUGCCCACCCACAAGCAUUUAACAGUCUGCUUAGAAAAAGAGGGCAAAUAACUUCUAAUUCCUAGACAGAUGAUAUAGACUCUACAUGCUUGUCAUAAGCCAGCGGUUGGUGGGCUGGAGUGAUCAGGGAAUACAGUACAGAAGUUUACGCUUGGGGCUAAAAGGUAAGUUGGAUUUAGACCACAAGGAGGGCAUUUUGGACAAGAAAAAUAGCUUAAUGAUUAUGUGAUCUUGUACAAGUUAGUUAACUGGUAUGAGACUUCGUUUCCUUACCUAUAAAGUAGGUUGUUACAAAGCCUAAAUGGUUACAUUUAUGUGUCUGAUAGGAGCGCGCGGCACUGCUGGGAGUAGGAAAGCUGUCUGCUCUGGCUCGAGCAGACAGGGGUUUGUUUUUCUCACCUAACAGGAGGCCCUAAUGCGCGCCUUGCUGGUUUUGAGUUGGCUCAACUAUGUCAGAGCCAGUUUCUCUGAGAUUCUCUUGUUCUGUGGUGUCAAGGUGGCUGCCACAGCCUCAGCCAUCAAUUUCUCAUCCAAAGCAAGAAAGAAGAGACCACUGUGCUCAUUUAUCAGUAAACACACACCAAGUCAACACAGUUUGCCAGACACUUUUGUGCACAUGAGGAUACUGAGAUGUGCUGAACAAGACUGACAAAGGCCCUUCCCUCUUGGGUGCAUCUUGGUGGGAGGAGACAGAUGGUAAACAAGUAGAUAUAGUGGAGAGGCUCUAAGUGGUAUGAAGAAAAAAAAUAACGUUGGUAAGAAGAUAGAAAGUAAAGGUUGGCCCACAGUGGGGGGUUGCAAUUUUAAGAUUGGAGAAGAACAAACAAACAAAAAGAUUGGGAGGGGAUGCCUCUCUCCCUUUUCAUCAAGAAAAUAAAAGCUUUCCCAGAAUACCCUUCUCCCGGCUUUUCAUGUUGGUCUCAUGAGCCCACACUGAGUCACAAGGCCACCUCCAGUGUGGGAAGUAGGGAUCCAGGUUAUUAGGAUUGGUUUAGACCAUUGGUUUUCCAACUUGAGUGAGAAACAGAAUCCCCUGGAGGAUUUGUGAAACCACAGAUUGCUGGGCCCCACCCCCAGAACUUCUGAUCCUGUAGGUCUGGGGUGGGGCCUGAGAAUUUGCAUUUCUUUUUUUUUUUUUUAAUGUGUUUAUUUUUGAGACUGAGAGAGACAGAGCAUGAGCAGGGGAGGGUCAGAGAGAGAGGGAGACAGAGAAUCCAAAGCAGGCUCCAGGCUCUGGGCUGUCAGCACAGAGCCCGAUGUGGGGCUCGAACCCACAGACUGUGAGAUCAUGACCUGAGCUGAAGUCAGACACUUAACCGACUGAGCCACCCAGGCGCCCCGAGAAUUUGCAUUUCUAACAAGUUCCCAGCAGCCGAUGAUGCUGCUGUUCUGGGACUGUACUUUGAGACUCACUGACUUAGACCAAUCAUGAUCCAUUGUCUGUGCCGGUCUGUGACCCACUGAACAAAAUCAGGGUUUUGGUAGCUAGGAAGUGUGGGUACUGGUAAGACAGCUAACAGCGUCUAGGUAAUAGGCAAGGCAGUUAGCCCAAUGCCUGGCUCAUAAGUAUCCAGUAAAUGGUAGCUAUUAUUAUAGAUAUCAUCACUAUUAUUUUAGAAGAACAUAAGGCUACUGUUGGGUUGGAGCCUGCAGGGUCUUAAAUGUCAGGCAGGUGAGUCCUUGUACUCUGGACACUAAGGACCAUUUUGGAACAGGAGAGUGAACUGAUCAAACAGGCGUUUUUGGAAGGCAUUGGGCUGGGGUCUGCAGAGGAAAUGGUGGCAGUGGGGGAGCCAGCUGAGACGCGAUAGCAGUGACUCCAAGUAAAAACAUUACAAGGGUGCGGACGUCAGCCUGUCUCUGGCCUGGCCACCCAGGAGAUUAUCCGUUGGUCAACUGGGAUCUUAAGGACUGAUUCUCAAGAUUUACUAUGCUCUUAAUCAUGGCUAAUUGCUUGGAAGUGGGGGGCUAGGAGGUCAGAGGACAAGACAGACUGGGGAAGAAUGCACGUGUUCUUUGAAAACCCUGAGAGAAGAGAGUAUACUUGGGUUUCACUGGGUGCUGGUGGUAGUGCCUGGUCCCCAAGACAUUCAGCAUCCUUAUCUGUAAAACAGUGAUAAUAGCACCUUGUCCCCUGCCCUGCCAAUCGAGCACACGUUAGGGAAAGAAAAUGAAAACCCGUAUGUGCAAAAAAGCCUUUGAACAAGGUCAAAUGCACCAUGGAGAUGAAAUCACAUUACCAUCUUGUACAUGCUUCUCAGGGUGUCUUGAAUUGUGUUAUUGUUACUUUAGCCAGAGGCAGCCCUCUGGGCUAAGUGGACCACAGAGCUGUGGCCACGUGGCCAGAGUUGACACGGGACACUGAGAAGCAGGAGACUUACCCUUCUCCCCUCUUCUCUUGGUCAGCAUUAGUUGUGUGACUUGGGGCAGGAUACCUGGCCUUUCUGAGACUGCAUCUAUAAGGUGUGACUAAUCAUUCUUUACCAGCCUGAAGGCUCCAUCCUGAAUCUUCUGAGGCCCCAUUUAGCUCUGAGCUCUGUGGCUUUGUGAUUCCAUUAUUUCUAAUGCCUCAGAGCUAUGGCAGUUCACAGGACAGACAACAAUUUACAGUGUAAAACAUGCCUUGAUAUCAGUAGGUUUCAUGCUUACCUAAAACCCACACCAAUGUCUGUUCUGCAUUUGGUGGUAUUGUACAAUGUUCACUAAACUGAAAAAUAAGCCAGUCUCCAAAUAGCUAUCAUUUCAGAGGCUUCCCUAUAAUCCCUAAAGCUGCUGACUGCUCAGGAUUCCAUUAGCCUCGAAUUGUGUACAGAUUUUUCUUAUUGGUCCAAUUGCUUUGUCAUGGGGGAGCAGCGCACAUGAUCCAUUUGCCCAUCGGCUGGCACACAGUGGUUGUUGAGAGAAGCCCCAAUUGAAUACAGAAGUCUCCUGGCCAAGGGUCACCUCUUCCCCUCCCCUGCCCACAGGUCACCAAGCUUGGUUAGCCCUGGGGCUUCACUGCAGAAAACCUGACGUCUGGAAUCUCUUCCUUGUCGUUUUAGCACUUCCGUUGUGUGUCCCUCAUGUGAAACAAUGUAUGGGAAAGGCAGCGGGUGACCUAAAAUGCUAUACAGUAGAUGUGGAGACAGUGGGACUCUGGUCUUACGCUCAGACCAGUGUCUGCAUUGCCAUCCUGCGCUCACUGCCUGGGAGCCUUCACCCGAGUUGCCUCACCUCUCCUCACCUCUCCACUUCUCACUUCCUGACCUGGAAACGAGAAGUUGGGACUCAGUGUCCCUUUGCACUUUCCCAACCAAGUAGCUGUUGGCUGGCUGACAUCCCCUCCCCUUGCUGUAGGAUUUAUAUGGUGCAGGAAGGGAAAGGGUGUCACUGACAUGAGAAAUGAGACGGAGCUGAGAGCCCUGCUUUGUAGCCCAUCUCAGCCCAUCCAAGCCCGGCUGUGCCUCUGUUCCUCCUUCUUCCUAACUUGCGAGCUGGUGGCAAACCCUCUGCCCCUUUCAAGCUCUUGGGCACCGAGACCUGGUUGCAGGCUCCAAAGUUUCCGCCAACCUUGAGCUGUUGGGGUAUCCUCUGCUGAUGUAAGCUCCUGCGUGCACAUCAUCCACACGCCCCUUCUGGGCUGGGGUCAGGGGAAGGGUAGACUCACAGACUUGGAUUUCUUGUUAGCAUCUGGCUCACAGGUAGCCUGGGGGUAAUUCGAACAGUGGGUGCACUGAGGGAGGCAGUCAUUAACUUACUUUGUGUUCAGCUGCUGCUUCUGUGUUUCUUACAUUUAAUGACAGGUUGAAAGAGUUGGACAAUUGAGAGAUUGAUUUUUCAGUGCAUGUUUUAUGAGUUGAUUUUUCCCUUGGUGCCUCCCCCUACCUGUUCUUCCCUUUCUUUUAAUGCUGCAGUUGUCAUUUUCUUGCAGGGCCUCCUUUGAUUUCCCCAGUCCACGUUUUUUUCUGCAGACUU